AUGAAUUUAAACUAAAAUGCAUUACUCUAACUUAGUAAUAGAGUUGCUGCACCUAGAAGAGCCACUAUGUUUAAUUAUACAAAAAAGGGAUUAAAUAUAAGACCAGAUAGCCCAAAAACUAGAGAGGCAUGUUUAGCCUUGGGUUAUGAUUCUUCAAUAUUUAAACUUAAGUAAUAGUAUAAAUAUAUUAAGAAAAUUGGAUGAAUUUGGUGGACCCAAUGUAACUGAAGCUAUAUAAAAAAUGAGAUAUGAUCAUUAUGUAAAAAAAAUGGAAAGUAUAUUUUCCAUCUUAAUCGAAAGUUACAUUCAAAGAGAUUUCUUAAAAGAGAAAGCAAAUCACCAAAAAGAAUAAAGGGUUAUAAAAUAUUUAAUUAGAAAAAUCAUUUCAUAGAGAUGAGGGGUAUCUUCAAAUGAUUUAUAUACAUUUUUUAGUUUAGUCAAUGAUUUGAUAGAAACUUACAAUAAAA